CGUCGACGAGGUGAUAAGUAGUUGUCCUCCACACAGUCUGUAUUGUGUCUGUGUGUGAAGUCAGCGGGUGGAGACUGAACUCACAAACAUUAACCUGUGAUUGUUUGUCCUGGACUAAUUUCAAAACAAGCUGUGACAUGGAGGUCAGCGUGGAGGCCAAGAGGAUCAUGGUCGUGGCUUUGGGGAAACUGUACAGCUCGCGCACCCAGAGAGGGGGUAUCCGUCUCCACCGGAGCCUCCUCCUGACUAUGGUAAUGAAAUCCGCCCGGGACAUGUACCAUGCGGCUCAGGCGACGGCGGAAAGUGUAGCAGCAGGAUACGAACAACAACAGUCCACGGCCGAGGGGACCACGGAGCCCGUUGGCGCUCACAGUGAGCUCCCGGUUACCGCUUCGCUUGCCACCGGAAAGCCUCGGACUUCAACCCGAGAGGAGGUCGUAACCCCCCCCACCGAGCUCCGCCGUGACGCAGAUAACAAGGAGAAUCUGUGCCCGACUGGCGCGGCACAGCACUCGAGGAAAAGACGGGGCAAAGCGGCCAUGGAGCCGGACUUCCUGCCGUGCAAGAAAGCAAAACUCGAGCAGGCAGUGUGCCCUCAACAGCUCAGCGUGAGCUCAGUUUUGCUGGACUAUGUGAACUGCAGCAGUAACCUGGGAGCAGCCCCAUCCCCCAUCCCUCUACAGAGAGCCAUUGCAGCGUGUUGAAACCCGGCCCAGAUUAAAGGCAUUGAACUUUAACGACGCGGCCUCGGCGCGUGAACGCGCCCACAGAGGGGCCUCUUCAAGGGUUGUCUGAAUGAACACCCGGGGCAGUGUGUUCAGAGAGUCCCGAGCAUGGCUGUGAACAAGCCGGGGCAUGUUCCAGGAAACACCGAAGCAGCCCAGUGGUGUGUCAUAGCCCCAGUGACUUUUGGCCUAAUUACUGGCCACACAGCUCACUACAACCGGCUUCAGCUGGGAGGGAACACGGUUCAUCUGGAUGAGGCCUUGAGCCGCUUUAAUGAACAUUUACAGCUCAACAAAUGUUAUUGUGAGUGUGUGGACCAGUGCUGAAUGAAGACUGGAAAUGUGUUGAAUAAUUCAAAUGUAAAACAUUCAAUGACAGCUACCUCAGUAUUUAUUAAACAUGUUUGUACUCAAAUCUGAA